AUGAGGUUCCGGAACCUUCAACCAGAUGCUGCUGCCUUGAAUGCUGCGGCCAGCGCUUGUAGCCAAGCAGGGGAAUGGAGGUCGGCUCUGGAGAUGAUGUCCUCCAUGUGGCAGCGAGCUUUGCAACCCGAUGACAAGGCCUUCUGCGACGUCAUAGACGUUUGCGGGCGCUGCGGCCAAUGGCAGGAGGCCUUGCGCAUCUUCGAUCUUCAUCGAGCCACCGCCUUGGCGCCCUGCGCGGCGGUCCAUGCCGCAGCCAUGCGCGCGUGCGGCCGGACGCAAGCGUCACGAAACCGUCUGGUGGGGGGGGCUCGCUGGCCCAUGGCGCUGCAGCUCUUGGAGCAGCUCUGGGAAACGCAGACGCCCGACGUCGCGUGCUACGAGGCGGCGCUCCACUGCUGCGAGGAAGCACGUGCCUGGACGGAGGUGGAGAGGCUCUACGAAGAGAUGUUGAGCUACAACUUGGAACCCGGGGAAGUCAGCGACAAGGCGGUUGCAGCAGCAGUUGCUACGACUGGCAACUGGGAACGUGGCUUGAAGCUUUUGGAGAAGCGUCAGGCGGGCGUGGUCACACCACACCGGCGCCUUGAAGUGGUGAAUCUGGUGGAGACCACUGCAGAUCAGACCAGGACAGCGCGGAAGUCAUUGGUAACGUGGCAAGAGCUUGUGCCGAAGGACAUCAAUGGCAAAAAGUGUUGGAGCUGCUGGAGGACAGAUCAUUUCGAUUUGAAUGUCUUCGGAAAGCCUCGCUGUGCGGCAUCAAGCAUUCUCCGACUCUCUCAGAUUGGCGCCAACCUCGCAUGGUAUGGUUUUGGAUGCUACGCUCAUGACUUCAAUGGCAGCUCAGGCUCACCACAAUGCGCCGCUGGCAACCCUGCCGACUGGUGCGAGGUUUGUUCGUCCCUAAACCCUGCCGAUUGGUGCGAUGACCAGUGGUGCUAUGUAGAUGAGAAGAACUGCAGUAUCACUCAUGAGGAAACACAACCUCUUGGCAGAUUUUGGUCCUACACGACAUGUGGCUACCGGGACCUGUUCUCCUUGGAGAACAUUACCGAGUCGAUCCGUGGUAAGACUCUUCGUGUUCUCUACAUUUCAAACACCGGCGGCUGGAAGGGGAACUAUUGCACAGGUGUGAAAGGCCAACCCUGCGUGGGUGAGCGAGGGUUUGGCCCCGUGCAACGGCUUUUCCAAGUGACCAGCGCUUCGGCGGGUUUUCACGUGGAGCAAAAGGAGCUGGUUCCUUCAGCGGUCAAAGACCAGUUGGAACGUGUUCUCCCUGGCGGGGGAACCUUUGACUUGUGCCCGUGGGGUACUGGAAUGGGCUACUUCGAUGUGUGCAUGACCUCUACGGUGAUGCUUCCCCGUCGUGUGGAUGCCUCUCAUUUCAUUGCUUUGUGGGCUGAGCCAACGAUUCUUGUGGGGCCUGUGUCAACCAAAGAGCAGGACAUGGACUUCGGUGCCAUGAUUGUGACAGCCUUCAAACCCUUUAGUCUUAGUCUUUGGCUCGUGUUCUUGAGCGUUUCCUUGUGUUUGGCUUGGAUCAUCUCGAUCAUUGAGCUUGAUACUGGGGGUCAGUUUGGCGAUUCGGACGAGGAUUCGGACCCAGGUUGUUUGGGGUUUCUUGGUGAUUGUCUCUACUAUUCCUUCCUCGGCACAGUGCAGUUCAGCACAGUCUUAGAGCCAAAGACCCUCGGGGGGCGCAUUCUGUCCCUGGGUCUGGCGUUUUGGCUCCUCCUUGCAGUUUGUGGCUACACAGCCUCCUUGGCUUCUUUCUUCGUGGUGUCACAACGUUUGCAUUCUCCCAUCGACGACCUCUCGGAUGCGAUCCGACUCAAUUACAAGAUUUGUGUGCAUCGGACGGAGACCUGGCUGAUGUCAUGGUCUUGCUGGAAUCGAAUCCCUUUACAAGAGAGAACUUUAGCCUUGGACACGGGCGUGCUGGAGUCCAACCUAGUGAUUCUAAGCCAACGCUCUGAUGUCCUCACUGGUGUGGGCAGUUCCUGCCAAGCAGCUGUGCUUCGCCAGGAGGACUUUGAAGCGGCGCAAGCGGCCAAUGGAGGGAGUUUUUGCCACCUCGGACGGAUCGGCGAUCCGGUACACUCUGCCAUGAUAGGCAUUCCAGUGUCAAAGCAAUGGGUGUGGCCGCUGCGCCAUGCCAUCAUGACCAGCAUUCAAGCAGGAGAAUGGCAGAAGGCCCUCGACAACUACAGGCCCAAAGAUUAUUGCACUGCUUUGCAGGCCGAGGCUGAGGCCAAGGCAGAGCCAGCAGCUUUGGAGGUUGCGGGCAUGAGUGGACCUUUGAUGAUUACGUUGGCCAUUACAGUUCUGGGCUGCGCGCUGCAAGGGCUGUAUUGGUGUUACCGGGAGGACCCACCAUGUUGGCGGCCCCGACGGCGGGGGGAGGAGCAACCCAAGGUGCAGCUCAGCAACGAGGCGCUUCGGCAAGUUCAGGAGAUGCACAAGGGCCUCAAGAAGGACCUCCAGAGCGAUCUCACUGAAGCCUUGCGCAAAUUUUGCCACGCCAUCGCCGCCAAGGCACCCUUCCCGCCAGCCAGUUCCAACGAACUGGCAGAACUUCGUCAAGGACAGGUGGACUUGAGCAGCCAGCUGAAACAGGUGCAGGAUCUACUUGCUACCGACGUUCUUGUAAAGCGACUUCGAUACCAGGAUGCGGAGGAGGAAGCCAAAGGAGCACGUCUUCGACCCAACUUGCAAUUCUACGAAGCGGAGGCGCAAGGCCGCGGUUUCCGCGGCGAAGCCUUGUCAUCAGGCUACCAGUCCGCGAUGGCCGCGUGUGCUGCGGAAGAGAAGUGGGGUGUGGUUCAUGGACUUUUCGAAGAGAUGCAGAAAGAGAUGACUGCAGAUGUUGAAAGCUACAGACUGGCCAUGGAGGCAAGCCAUGGGCUCAAGUGCCCAGGGAAUACCAUAGAAUUGCUCAGGAGUGCGGAGGAGCAAGAGGUUGAACCCAGCAAUGAGAUGCUGAACUUGGCCUUGAAAGCUUGUGCCUCCAUCUGCCUUGGUCAUGUUUGUAAGGGGGGAAGUACUUGGACUGAAGGAGAUUAA